GUGGACUGUAUGGAGGAAGCUCUACAACGCUCACAGGACAGUCAAGCUCCAGACCUAAAAGUCUCCGUGUUACUGGACUACACUCGCGGCUCACGAGGACAGAUUAACUCGAGGACCAUGCUGCUGCCGUUGUUGCAGCGCUUCACCUCUCAGAUGCGGGUUUCUCUGUACCACACGCCAGACCUGCGGGGGCUGCUGCGGCUGCUGGUCCCUCAGCGCUUCAACGAGACCAUCGGAGUCCAGCACAUCAAAGUCUACCUGUUUGACGACAGCAUCAUCAUCAGCGGGGCCAAUCUGAGCGACUCGUACUUUACCAACAGACAGGAUCGCUAUGUGCUGCUGGAGAACUGCAGGGAGGUCGCAGAUUUCUUCUCCGACCUGGUGGAGGCCGUGGGAGACGUUUCCCUGCAGCUGCAACCCAACGACUCUGUCACCAUGCUGGAGGGCAUGGUGCACCCGUACAAAG